AUGCUCGUAUUAGCAUUCUUGUUUCUAAUCGCAUGCACAUGCGCAAACGCAAAAUCUGAGCCCAGCCUUGAUGAUAUUAUCGACCUUUUGAAGAAAAUCGACUUUGCAACUCUUGCCGAUAUCCACAAUAAGCUGAAAAAUCUUACGAAUGUGGUCAUAAACUCAUUGGAAAUAACUGAGGAGGAGAAAAUAUUACUAAAGGAAAAAAUCGAGAAACUGAGGGACCCACCAUUAAGCGGAGAACUUGAGGAUAUAUUAAUGAAGCGCAACGUAUUUUACUACACGCUUCAAGGUGAUAUCAUGCUGACCAGGGAGCAAGGAGAUGCGUUAAUAGAAGAUGUCAAACGCUUGGAGGGAGGUGCACCUUUACGGAAGCCGCGGGGUGUCUAUCCUGAUGUUUCUUAUAAAUGGCCGAAGAAAAUGAUACACUAUUCUUUCCAUAAGAGUGCCAGUGAUAAAGUGAUGCAAGUCUUCAGAAAUGCUGCAAACGCCUGGACCAAGGACACAUGCGUGGAUAUCAUUGAAGACAAAAGUGGUCUUAAGGAAAAUGGUGUCAUUGUUGCGAGCGCUCCAUUCUGCGCUUCAUUUCUCGGGAAAGCCGGAGUUCCGCAAAUGAUAUUUUUGAACGAGUUUUGUGAGACCUUCAGAAGUGCUGCUCACGAACUCGGUCAUACCUUGGGUCUUCUUCAUCAGGAAGGUAGAGAAGAUCGUGACAAAUACGUAAGGAUAGUGAUAGAAAACCUGGAGUUGAAUCAAACCUACAUGGCAUUCAAGCAAACCCAGGAAACUAACAAGGAUUACGGAAUAGACUAUGACUUUGGAAGUAUCAUGGAAAUUGGGUCAUUAAGCGGCUCAUCUAAUGGCAAGCCUACUAUAGCUUCAAUUGAUCGCAAUUACAUGAAGAACCUCCGUUCGGAGUCGAUUUCAUUUGCGGAUCUGUAUCUAGUGAAUAUCCACUACAACUGUUCAGGUUCAUGCAAAAAACAUAUUGAGUGCAAAAAUGGAGGAUUCCAACAUCCACGUGACUGCGACAGAUGCAUCUGUCCCGGUGGCUACGGUGGAUCGAGAUGCGGCCGAAGGCCUUCUGGAUGCGGAAGUAAAAAGUAUGCGACUACACAUUGGAGAGCGUUGACCGAAGAUCUGAGGAAUGAUAACCCUCAUAGAUAUUUAGACGGAUACAAAAGAUGUACCUAUUGGAUCGAGUCACCGCGUAACACAAAAAUCCAAAUCAGAAUUGCUGCCAUAAAGAAUUCCUUUAACAAAACCGACCUUUACUGCAAUGAUGGCGGCGUGGAAGUUAAGGCCAAUGAGGACCAAAGGUUGACGGGCUACAAGUUUUGUUCAAAUGAUGACAGACCGAACAUUACAUCACAUUACAAUUUGGUACCUAUAAUCUUUUUCAAUAGAACCCCUUAUGAGAACAAAAUUUCCAUUCAAUAUCGUUAUGGUGAGCUCAUUAUUUUUCCUACUGUGUACUCUCCGAAUAUCAUUGCGGAUGUGAAGACAAUGCCAACAAAAGCACAUGUUAUAAAUGUUGAGUUGGGAUUGUCAUUGGAUUUAUCGUCAGCUCAACGCCUUUUUCCUGAGUUCGAACAGAUAUUGACGGAUAAAUUUGGAAAUUCAUGGACAACACAGAAACAAGCAGACAUUCUCUCUUAUAUUUUUGUGAAUAGCGAUGAAAUGAUCGAUUUUCCACGAGUCAUAACGAGUAAAUUUAAAUAUAUAGGUGGAUUACGGAUGCCUAAACCGAAACCAUUGUGUCAGGAAUGGGACAGGGUGUUUGCGUCCGCAAAACGUGGAAUAAUCCUUAUGUCCUUUGGAACAAUGGCUAGAAGUACAGAAAUGGGAAUUCAACGUCGAGACGCAUUUGUGAGAGCUUUUAAGGCUUUUCCGGAUAUUACAUUUAUUUGGAGAUACGAGAACAACAGUGACCAUUUCACCGAUGCAUCCAAUAUUAUUUUAUAUAACUGGCUACCUCAAGUGGAUAUGUUAAAUGAUGAACGUACCCUCGCAUUCAUAACUCAUGGCGGAAUGGGUGGUGUGUUCGAAAGUGCACGUGCAGGUGUGCCGGUUAUAACUAUACCGUUGUUUGCCGAUCAAUUACGGAAUGCUCGAAUGAUGGAAUAUCGUGGAAUGGGAACCGUAAUCGAUAAGGAUGACGUCACCGAGAAUCGAUUGAUCACAGCUAUAGAGGAGAUCUUGAAACCAAGAUAUGUACAAGCAGCAAAACGUCUCAGUGAACAAUUACGGAACAAACCGUUUUCUCCGGAAGAAGUUUUAAUACGUUAUGUGGAUUAUGCGAUUCGCUACAACAUAACUAUCACGCAACGACGUCAGUCUCCAAUCGACAUCCGAAGUGAUGUUGUUUGUCAUGAUCCAGAACACUGUAAGCCGGAUUCGUUGAAUAUCAACUACACCGUUGGUGAUUGUUACGAUGUUGUUUGUAGUGCGACUGGAUUUAAAGUGAAUGUAGGAAGAAAAUGCACCACAACACUUUCUGCCAGUCAUCUUCCGGGCACAUUUGAAUUGGCACAAUUUCAUGCACAUUGGAGUAAGGAUGGUUCGUGUGGUUCCGAACAUCUUUUGGAUGGAAAAGCAAUGAGCGGCGAGGUCCAUUUUGUGUUCUGGAACACUAAAUAUGGGACGUUCAGCGAUGCUGCCGAGAAAGAGGAUGGCUUAGCUGUUGUCGGAGUUUUCAUCAAGGAAGGAGCACAUUCGGCUAACUAUGAACCACUUUUCAACGUUAUCCACAAAGCUAUUGGUUCUACUUCACCGGCUCUAAUGCCCAAAGAUUUCGUCCUCGAUCAACUCUUUCCUCCUCCAGGCCAACGUGACUACGUCACCUAUCUUGGUUCUCUCACCACACCACCAUAUUCGGAAUCUGUGAUUUGGACUGUUCUCACAACUCCAGUUGAGGUGUCAAAGGAACAGCUCAACAUUCUACGUAAGAUUGUUGGCGCCAAUUAUCGUGAAUGUCAGCAACUUUGCGAACGUACCGUAAGAGCUUCAGGAGUGAAAGUUUGA